ACUAAGAUGAGUGCAAAAAUGAAUUGGAUGAGCUUUUUAGUAAUCUUUUUAACACUCUCAAAUAGACUAAAUUAUGUAAAAGGAAGUGAUAGAAGGCCUCUUAUUAUCAAUAUAGGAGAUGCUAAUUCUGAUACGGGAGGUGUUCUAGCUGGGGCAGGACUUCCUAUUGGCCUGCCUCAUGGUAUUACCUUCUUCCGUGAGGGUACCGGAAGAUUAGGCGAUGGUCGUCUAAUCAUCGACUUUUACUGUGAACACCUUAACUUGAGUUACUUAAGCCCAUACUUCGAUUCAUUGGCACCAAAUUUUACCAGUGGAGUCAACUUUGCGGUCUCAGGUGCAACGCUUUUGCCCAAGUAUGUUCCUUUUACAUUGAGCGUCCAAGUCCGUCAGUUCAUUCGCUUCAAAAAUCGGUCACUUGAGCUACUCUCACUUGGAACAAAGAAUUUGAUUCACGAAGAAGGGUUCCGUAACGCACUAUAUAUGAUUGACGUUGGACAAAACGAUAUUCUACUGGACGGUUAUGCAUCAAACUUAACCUAUGAUCCAAUGGCCAAAAAAAUCCCAUCAUAUAUUGAAGAAAUAAAAACAGCUGUUGAGACAGUAUACCAAUAUGGAGCAAGAAAUUUUUGGAUCCAAAAUACAGGACCUUUAGGGUGCCAACCAAAAGAAAUGGCUCUACAUCCCCACAAUAGCAGUGAUCUUGAUGAAGUUGGAUGCCUUGCUGUACUUAACGAAGCCGCGAAGACCUUCAAUGAAGGUCUUCGCGUGCUUUGUGAAGAUCUGAGAUUGGUAUUCAAAGAUGCUAUUAUUGUCUAUGUUGAUAUAUAUUCUGUCAAGUACAGUCUUUCUGCUAAUCCUGAAAAAUAUGGAUUCAAGAACCCAUUUGUAGCUUGCUGCGGUCGUACACCUCCAUUCAAUUACGAUAGAAAUGCAACAUGUGGGCAGCCAGGCUCAACCAUAUGUAGCAAUGUGUCACAGUCCAUAGUUUGGGAUGGUGUUCAUUACACUGAAGCUGCUAAUCGUAUUAUAGCAACUGAAAUACUGUCAGGACUUUAUUCUACUCCGCCAAUGAAGCUUGAGCAGUUCUGGGACUGAUUAUUUCAGUCUACUAAGGCUAGCCAUUCACUUGAUUGCUACUGCAAUAAGCUCAACUGUGCAGCAAACUUUAUGUAUCGUACAUGAUCUGAAGCUUAUGUCCUUAGUGCAUGAGCUAAUUGGACUUUGUAUUUUUGUGUAUUCAAGUGUUCUGAUUUUUUAAACUCAAAACACUUUUAAAAGUAGAGUAUAUAAGGCCUCAACCAUCAGCUUAAACUUUUAGUUGAGUUGAAUGUGAGAGAAAUUAUCC